AUCCUAGGUUGAGGGGUAACUACAUUGCUGAAGAAAUGAAAAUCAUUUUGUGGCUAGGAUUGAUGUGCUGCCAUAAUGAUCCACAUGAAAGACCUAGCAUGAGGCAAGUAAUGCAAGUUUUGGAUGACAGUAACAGCAGAGUUUGGAUCAGGGAGCUCCGCUUCCACCAUUAUCGGACUCUGAAUCUGAUGUCUGCUCUCUAUCUAGUACUGAUUCAAUCCUCAUGCAUGGUCGUUGAAUAGAAUGCUCGUGUGCUUAGUUGGUUAUAAUUUCAUACAUAGUUUAUCUAACAGCCUACCACUUAACCAAAAAUGCCUGUAAUAUAACAACAUUGUAAUGUGAAUAUCAGAAUAUAGGUACAUUUUUUUUUUUUUAAGGUAAGAUGAAGUCCCUUGCAAGGAAGGGGGGAAAUUGGGGAUCCCCCUUGCAAGGGGUGAGACUCGACCCCGUGACCUCUAGGAUCGGAGGUGAUGCCAAUACCACUAGGCUAUCACCUGCUGCUCCGAAUAUAGUUUUGGAUCAGACGAAGAGCUAAGGAAGCGACGGCUAGCAAUUCACUGGAGCAGAAUGAAUAGCCAUAGAGUCUUCUCAAUAACUAAACAAAGGUAUAGAAAUAUCUUGUCUAACUAUGCCUUCUUGGGCUCCAGACUCCUGAGUGACGUGCACCAUUCAUUCUGAGCCACUGGUGACCAAGAAAUCAGGCAUUUCGAGCUAAGAAAAGAAUGAAAAAGUAUACUACAGCUAGUAGUUAACAGAAUGUAAUGUUAAAUUGAAGACUUGAUGCAAUGGUAAAUUCAGAAUGGCAAUGAAAUUAUGUGGGGAGAAGAAAGGACAAGGACAUGCUUGCUUAUAAAGAUGCUUUUUCUUAGGGACAUAUAGAACUUAUUGUCAUUCCUCCAUAUUACCUUAUAAUAUAAAUUAUGCCAUUGAAUAUUAUGGCAACAAAGAAAGAUAGCCUGAAACAUGCCACAUACGGAGUCAUUUUUUUGAGUAAAAAGCUAUGUUGCUCGGAUUCUUCAUUUCACCUCAAGUACUCGUGUCGGAUCCUCGGACAUGGGUGGGACACUUGGACACUUUAUUUUGGGCUAAUUUAUAGAAAAAAUUCUAAAAAAUAACCGAGUCGGGCACUUGGACACGUACUCGUGUCAGACAUGGGUACCCGAGUCUGAGCAACAUAGGUCAUACAAGAUGCCAUUUCAUACAAGGCAUGCCAUGUGAAAUUUGUCAUUUAAUUAACACCUUAUACUUCAGGUAAAGCAUCUAAUCAUAAGCACAUUUGGAAACUACAGACACGCUCUCUUUCUAUGGUCAAAAUAGUUUUAAUGUUGGCAAAACUGGCGUCUUCACCACAGCUUUAGAUAGAUGAAGGUUCUCAAUGAGUUACUCAUUUCCCCCUAUAGGGCAAUAUAGUGAAGAAGCUAUCUUUCAUCGCUUGGUUAAAAUCUGUAAGUGGCACAAUUAUUUUUGCGAGAUUAUAUGUAGAUUAUGCAGCUAUGACCUUAAUCUUUUGAACUUUUUUCCAAGUUUUUUAGUUCAGUUCAAUUUAGGCCAUUUUCCGCGCCUUAAAUGUGUACAGGUGUAUGUGUAAUGUGUAUUAUACAUUUAUACUGCCAUCUACCUGCAUUAGUUUUGUAGCAGUUAUUAGAGUUGUCUUUAAGAGUAGUAGAUAAGUCAUUGUCAGUUAAAAAAGGGGUGAUGGGUCCUAAAUAGAGCAUAGUGCCAAUAAAAAGUUUACAAUGCCAAGUCAUCAUACGAAGUAUAUAGAUACAGACCUUCAUAAUUCAUAAUACUCUGCUGACUUUUCAAAAGAUAAGUCAAGCAACUUGUCUCUAGAUUCCACAUACAUCUAAUCUGCAGUGAGUUAGAAAUCAGGCAUAUAAUGCAAGUAGAUCAGGUACCUUAGAACAAGAAUUUCCAAUUUUAUGUUUCUAAUGGUUGUUUUUCACCCUAGAAUACUGAGCCUUGCAAUAUUUCUUACAUUAGUUGUACAUGCUUUUGCUCAAAAUGAAACACAGUUCAUCUACAAUGGUUUUCAAGGAUCCAUCAAUAAACUUCAUGUUGAUGGAGUUGCAACUAUCCUUCCAAAUGGUCUUCUGCAAAUGACAAACUACUCACAACGCAUUACUGCCCAUGCUUUCUAUCCUUAUCCUGUGAACUUCAGACCAAAGCAUCUAUCAUUUUCCACCACUUUUGUUUUCGCAAUGUAUCCUCAAGUACCACAUUAUUCUGGCCAUGGAAUCGUCUUUGUUAUUAGUCCAUCCACAAAUUUCACAACCGCUUUCCCACACGCAUACUUAGGACUCUUGAAUCCUUCCACCAAUGGCCAGAAAUCUAAUCAUGUAUUUGCUGUAGAGUUAGACACAAUCCAGAACGCUGAUGUCAAAGAUAUAGAUGGCAACCAUGUCGGUAUUGAUAUAAAUAGCCUCAUUUCUGAUGAUGCUGCUCCAGCAGCAUACUAUUCUGAUAAAGAAAAGGAAAACAAAACCUUGCUGUUAAAUAGUGGGAAAGUAAUGCAAAUUUGGAUAGACUAUGAUGAGAUCGAGAUGUUAGUUAAUGUAACACUAGCUCCAUUUCGUCAUCCAAAGCCAAGCAAGUGUUUGUUGUCUUAUCAAAUCAACCUUUCUAUAAUACUCCUUGAUUCCAUGUAUGUUGGUUUCACUUCUGCUACUGGAAAUACAGCAAAUUUUCAUUACAUACUAGGAUGGAGCUGGAAUCAAAGUGGUAAAGCACAAGAUUUUGACCAUUCCAAGCUUCCAUCACUUCCGCAAAUCAAACAUCACAAGGAAAGCUUCAAACAGUUAUUUUUUAUCGUUCUACUUACUAUAGUUAUACUGCUAUUACUAUUGAUUGUUGCAGCUGUUUGGCUCCUGUGGAGGAAGAAAUAUGAAGAGUUGCUUGAACCUUGGGAAAAAGACUACUCCCCUAAUAGAUUCUCAUAUAAGGAUCUUUUUGUAGCAACAAAGGGUUUUAAAAACUCCGAGCUUCUUGGAGGUGGUGGUUUUGGGAAAGUCUACAAGGGUGUGUUACCUUCCACAAGAGACCUAGUUGCUGUGAAACGAGUCUCCAAUGAUUCUAAACAAGGAAUAAAAGAAUUUAUUGCAGAAAUCUCUAGUAUGAAAAGGUUAAGGCAUAGAAACUUGGUACAACUCCUUGGCUACUGCAGAAGAAAAGGAGAGCUUCUUUUGGUCUACGAGUAUAUGCCUAACGGGAGUCUUGACAAGUUCCUCUUUGGUACAGAUGACAAAUCCGUUUUAUGUUGGUCCUGGAGGUUCAAGAUCAUACAAGGGGUGGCAUCUGCCCUUAUCUACCUUCAUGAGGAGUGGGAACAAGUUGUCCUUCACCGUGAUGUUAAGGCUAGUAAUGUCUUGCUAGACGCUGAGAUGAAUGCAAGGUUGGGUGAUUUCGGCCUAGCCAGACUCUAUGAUCAUAACAAUGAUCCUCGAACCACUAAUGUGGUGGGAACCAUAGGAUACAUUGCACCGGAGAUCAGUAGAAUGCAAAAACCUACCACCAGCUCUGAUGUUUUUGCUUUUGGGAUGUUUUUACUUGAAGUGGGUUGUGGGAGGAGGCCAAUAGGCAAGCAGAAUGAUGUUGAUAUAGAGGACUUUUUCCUCAGUGACUGGGUCUAUGAUUAUUGGAAACUAGGGCAAAUUCUUAAGGCGAGUGAUCCUAGAAUGGAAGGAGAUUAUCAGGAAAAGGAAAUGGAGCUGGUCUUGAAGUUAGGCCUUCUCUGUUUGCAUCCGAAGGCCGAAGAAAGACCUACAAUGAGGCAAGUAGUUCAGUUUCUUGAUGGAAGUGCAACUUUACCAGAUAUAGCACCCGAAUAUGACGUUCAAGGUGGUUACUCCUUUGGGGAUGCUUGUGGUACAUCAGGUUCAAUAACAACUUCCUCCGGAACUGCCUCUCUCGGGGUUAUGUCUAGCACAAAUUCAGCACUCCGAUAUGGCCGUUGAAUCAUAGGUUUAUGAUUCUUGCUGUUAGCUAGAAUACUAUGUCAGAUAUUGGGUUAGUCUACCUUUUCGAUGACUGACGACGUAGUAUGUAAAUCUAUUGGGCAAUGUAAGGUUGUUGGAUAAUUUCUUACUAUUUACUACUGUACUUCAGAAGCUGAUA